AUUGACCGUUGCAGGGCGGCGGCGAUGGUGGACCGGGAGCACGGAGAGGUGGCGCCACCUCUGGCUCUCCGCCCCGCUCAACCUCGACCUCUGCGGUUUCCCCGCCGACGAGGAAGUUCAAGUCGGCAUCAUCUCCCAGAUCCUUGCCGCCCACUCAGGACCUGUCCGCCACCUGGAUACGAGUCCCGUUCCGGCCCAGCUUGAGCCCACGAAGAAAACCCCAUUUUGCAGCCCAGCCCACAAAAGCCGCCGCAGGGGAAGCUCCGCCGUGCGCGUGUUCAGUCGCACCGUCCGCUCCAAUUUUUUCUUGUGCUCCCGUUUCCCUCUCGACAAUUCAAAUCUCGCCUUCCAAUUCCCAAACCCCACCUCCUCCUCACCAUUCUGCGCAGUCCGCACCAUGGCGCCCGCCGCGGCCGUCUCCGGCGCUGACGACCCGGGACGUCGCCUUGCGCGCGAGGUGGCGCGGGUGCUAGACGAGUGCCGCGCCUCCCUCGCCGUGCACCCGCGGAAGCUGCGGGAGCUCGCCGCGCUCCAUUCCUCUUCCUCAUCCGGCAAAGGUAACGGCCGUUUCCUCCCGGCCUUCUGCAUCGCCGUCACGCCGCUCUUCGACCUCGCUCGCCGCUCCGCCGGAUCCGACCGCGCCGCCCUCUUCACCGCCGCCUUCGCGUCCUCAUCCGCCUCGGCGGACGGCGGUGGCGACGGGUUCCUCGAGGGGUUCCUUCGCUUCCUCAUCACCGCGUCCACGGCCGCGCACCGCCCCGCGCGCUUCCGAGCCUGCCAAAUCAUCUCCGAGAUUAUAAUGCGGUUGCCAGAUGAUGCUGAGGUGAGUGAUGAAAUUUGGGAUGAAGUGAUUGAUUGCAUGAAGGUCCGGGUUCAGGAUAAAAUCCCUGCAAUCCGUGCUUUCGCCGUGCGUGCAUUGUCCCGUUUUGCGGGUGAUGGGGAGGAUGGUGGCAUCGUUGAUCUCUUUCUCGAGACCCUAGAAAAAGAACAAAAUGCUGAGGUUCGAAAGACAAUAGUUUUGUCUCUUCCACCAUCAAAUGCUACAUUGGAGAGUGUUAUUGAAUCAACACUCGAUGUUAGUGAAUCAGUUAGGAGAGCAGCAUAUUCUGUCCUUUCAACUAAAUUUCCCCUGCAGAGUCUUAGCAUCAAGCAAAGGACUACUCUCCUUUACAGGGGCCUCUCUGAUAGGUCUGCUUCAGUGAACAACGAGUGCCUGAAGAUGCUGAAGGACGAGUGGCUUGUUAAGUACUGCAGCAGAGAUGUAAUUACCCUUCUCAGGUUUCUUGAUGUUGAGACGUACGAGUCAGUUGGAGAAUCUGUGAUGGCAGUGCUUCUAAAAGAUGGUUCUUUGCGAGUGCAAGAUGGACAGAGCAUCAGGCAGUACUUCACUGCAAAUGGCGAGAACGAAGCAGAACAAGUUUCAAAUAUUCAACUCAUGGAUGCUGAAGUUGCUCUUUACUGGAAGAUCAUGUGCAAGCAUUUGCAAGCUGAAGCUCAGGUCAAAGGCUCAGAGGCUGCAACAACUACAGGCGCAGAAGCAGCAGUAUAUGCUUCUGAGGCUUCUGACAAAAAUGACCUUCUAGACAAUGUCCUUCCAAGCACAAUUAGUGAUUAUGUUAAUUUGGUAAAAGCACACCUUUCUGCUGGACCAAAUUAUCACUUCGCAUCAAGGCAACUAUUGUUGCUUGGUGAAAUGCUGGACUUUUCUGAUACAAUGAAUCGGAAGGUUGCGAGUUCUUUUCUGCAUGAGCUUCUGAUCAGGCCUCUUGAACAUGAAGUUGAUGAUGAUGGGAACCAGAUCGCCAUUGGAGAUGGCGUGAGUCUUGGAGGAGACAAAGAGUGGGCGAAAGCAGUGGCAGAAUUGGCCAAAAAGGUUCAUUCUUCUGUCGGUGAAUUUGAAAUGGUGAUCUCCACUGUUGUUGAAGAGCUGGCUAGACCUUGCAGGGAGAGAACGGCUGACUUCAUGCAGUGGAUGCAUUGUCUCUCCGUGACAGGUCUUCUUCUUGAGAAUACUUCAACCCUACGAACUCUUCAGGGCAAAGCAAUCGAGGCAUCAGAACUGCUUCAUUCUUUGUUACUUCCAGCAGCAAAACAGAAUCAUGUUGAUGUACAAAGGGCUGCUUUAAGAUGCCUUUGUCUUCUCGGAUUGUUAGAGAAUAGAGCAAAUGCAGAGUUGGUGAAGCAGCUGCGCUUAUCUUUCAUCAGUGGACCUGACCUAGUUAGUGCCAUGGCAUGCAAGGCCUUGAUUGAUCUUGUAACUUGGCAUGGUCCACAAGAAAUAGACCAGGCCACUGGUAUUGAAUUGCCAGAUGCUAGCUAUGAGAAGUCUCGGUUCACUCCAGUUGACAUCUCUGAUUUGAAUGAUGAUGAUCUAAACAUUGGAGUUCUUGAUAUUCUGUUUUCUGGGUUUCAUAAAGAUGACUGGGAAUUCAGUCUAGAGGGUGAUAAUCAUGAUAAUGUUCCAACCAUUCUUGGUGAAGGUUUUGCAAAAAUUCUUCUUCUUAGUGAGAAUUUUGCAAGUAUAUCUGCUGACUUGCAUACUGUCAUCCUAGCUCAGCUCGUUCGAUUGUAUUUCUCAGAGGAAACUAAAGAACUUGAAAGAUUGAAACAAUGUCUGUCCGUCUUCUUUCAGCAUUAUCCUGCACUUUCAGGCAAACACAAGAGUUGUAUCUCCAACGCAUUUGUACCAGUCAUGAAAACCAUGUGGCCUGGUUUAUAUGGUAAUGCUGGGGGUAGUUCGCAUGUUAUUUCAAAGAGGCGGAAACAAGCGGUCCAAGCUGCUCGUUUUAUGGUGCAGAUGUUGCAAACCCAAUUAUUUUCAACAGAAAGUACAGACCAAGCUUCUAAGAGUCCUGAAAGCGCUUCAAGUUCAGCAGAUGCGUCAUACAAUUUUGAAAUCAGCGAGGAAGGGCUUGCCAUCCGUAUCGCAGUGGAGGUAGCAAAUUGUCCAGAUAAGAAGACCGCAGCUGGGAAAGCAUAUGCUUUGGCAUUGUGCAAGGUUGCUGUGCUUCUAAGAUUCCGGCAAUCAGAACAGAAGGCUAUCAAGUGCAUGAGAGGACUGGUUAAUUCGUUGGCUGCUUUAGUGGCUUCCGAUAAGGAUCUCGUGAAGGAGCUAGCUCAAAUGGCAGCACGGCUUAGAUCACUUGAUGCCUGCCCAGACGAAGAAUUGCCACAAGAUGAGGCCGAUGCCAUAUUCAAAAAGUUAGGAUUGGAUGGCGGCUUCAAGUUGGACACCAAUCAAGCGAUGCCACCAACACCGGCACCACGGUCGGUCCGGCCCCCAGCCCCCACCAGGAGAAGAGCAAGACGGGCACCAUCCUCUAGCGAUGAAAGUGACGCAGGUGGCGAAGAAGUUGACUUGCCUGCAGCAUCCGUGAGCAGGGUUCCAGCCACUCCUAGCAUGACCGCGGCGCGUUCUCAGAGGGCAAGCAAGACUGCUGCGCUGAGCAAGAUGUCUGCGAAGCCUACCGCGGCUUCUUCCAGCGGCGAGUCGGAUGACCAGUCCGACGUGACGAGUGAUGAGGAUUCCUCCGAUGUGGAAUCGUCGUAGGUGGUUAUUUUCUCGCGGAUUGAAGCUUCUUCUGGCGUUCUUGACCGGAAGAACCCAAUAGUAACGAUUUAACGUAUGGCGGUGAGAUAUUGUCACCGCAUUAUGUAUUGUAUGUUGUGCUACUAAUCACCGUAUGAUUUUGCAUCUGUGGCUAUAUACUAAGUACCAAAGAAUUAGUUUUGAAUGUUGGCGGCAGCAAAUUUAAUGUUAGGUAUUUGUCUCUGUUUUGAUUUUAGGUAUGAUUGACCAUUUGUAGGCUGUGAGGCUUAAAAAGUGAAGUUCUGUAUAAG